CAUUUACUCGCGCGGCUUAAAGCGUUUCCUACCUUCCCUUCCCCCUCGCAUCGCAUCAUCCAGCCUCGCCACAGAUCUCGCCCCAACUGCUAGCAGCUUCCACUCGGCCUACCUCCCCGCCCGAUCGCCGUCGAGCUCCCCACACGUUCGGCUGACCCCAUCAACGCUGCUAGGAUUGGUGGACAGGGCGGGGCGGAGGCGACGCGCCCAGCUACCAACCCGCGGCUUCCUCUGAACUGGCCGCAGCUGUUCUUGGCCCAGCUGCUCUCUUCUUGUCGAGGGAUGGUCCAGCGCUUCGAGAAGUCUCCGCGCCGACAUUGAGCUGUGCCUUGGCUCUGCCGAUUCGUGGUGGGUUUUUGGAUAGUACAGUGGUGGUGGGUGUCCGAUGGGCUGCACGGGGUCCAGGCACGCGCUGCGCGGCGGCGGCCGGUCGCCUUACGCGCGGAGCUGCUCCGGGCCGGUCACCGGGGGCGUGCACCACACCGUCGCGCUCAGGUCAUCCACGCUCGGGUCGCUCAGCCUCGACCGGGACGAGGACAUGAUGAAGUGGCGCGACGACGGCGGUGCGGCCAAGACGCCGCCGCUAAAGCAGCAGCUGCUGGUCAGGCGGCAGAAACAGGUGCCGGGCUCGCCGGCCAAGACGCCGGUCCGGGAGCCCGAGGUGAUCAACGUGUGGGAGCUCAUGGACGGCCUCGACGACAAGGAGGAGGAGGAGGGGGCCGACGCCGGCGGCGAGGAUCGCCGGGAGAAGUCGGCGCCGGGAUCGCCGGAAUUCGAUCCGGACGUCAUAGCGGCGUUCCGGAAGGCGCUUGAUGAGAUGCCCCCGCCGCCGGAUGACCCGGGCAAAGAGGAGUGCGCCAAGAAGCCUGACGACCCGGUCGGCGACGAGGCGGGCGUCAAGAAGCGCGAGAUACAGAGGUUCCCGGGCAUCGUGCGCGCCCGGGUCAGCGCGUUCCAGCAGAGGAUCGACGCGAAGCUCGCCAAGCUGGCGCCGCCGAAGCCGCCGGCUCCCCCGCCCCCGCCGGACAGCGCCCGGAAGGUGGUGCUGUACCUGACCAGCCUCCGCGGCAUCCGCAAGACGUACGAGGACUGCUGGUCCACCCGGUCCAUCCUCCACGGCUACGGCGUGCGCGUCGACGAGCGCGACCUGUCGAUGCACGCCGGGUUCAAGGACGAGCUCCACGCCGCGCUGGGCUCCCCACCGGGCAGGCUCCCGCAGGUGUUCGCGGACGGCAGGCACCUGGGCGGCGCCGAGGAGAUCCGCCGGAUGCACGAGGCCGGCGAGCUGUCGAGGGCGCUGGAGGCCUGCGAGAUGGCGCCCCCGCCGAGCGCCGGCGGCAAGGGCAUUGCCCUGGACGCGUGCUCCGGCUGCGGCGGCGUUCGGUUCGUGCCCUGCGAGGAGUGCUCCGGCAGCUGCAAGGUGUUCCUCGAGGAGGUGGGCACCUUCAGGCGGUGCCCCGAGUGCAACGAGAACGGCCUCGUGCGGUGUCCUCUCUGCUCCUUGUGAAAAAUCUGAGAGCUGGCUUGUUGUUUUGCAGGAUUGCUGAGGAGUGCUUGUCGUUUUAGUUCAGGGUUUGUACAGAAGUUACACGCAUUCGUAACUUUAGGACUGAUGAAGCAACAGAUGACUGUAUUUAUGUUUCAUUUCUCGCUCGCCGGAUUUGGAUGUGUACGAGACAUGACAACAAUCUUCUGAAGAACAGAACAGAUAUGCAUUGCAUUUCUCA